AUGAGUGACGAUUUUGACUCCGGAGAUGAUCUCUUCGACAACGUCGAUGUAGACAACAUCCUGCAGAGCAGCAAGGCCCAAGCCACAAAGCGCAAGUCGGCAGACAAGGACGAUGCUCCGUUUGCCGCCAAACGGCAGAAGAAGACCACCAACAGCUCCGUGCCCGGUCCACAGGACGAUGAUUUCAAUCCGGUAUUCGAAAAAGAGAACAUUGAGCUUGCACGACAUAUCUUGAACGAAAAGUUUGGUUACGAUGACUUUCGCCACGAGCAAAAGGGAGCCAUCAGUCGCACUCUUGCUGGCAAGAGUGCUCUUGUCGUCUUCCCAACAGGUGCUGGAAAGUCUCUGUGCUACCAAUCGAAGAUACCGGCCAUAGCCUUCCCCGAGCUGGACAAGUCCCGUGGCCUCAGGGAGCCCGGCCAGUCCGGGAUCACCAUCGUCAUCUCUCCCCUUAUCGCCUUGAUGAAGGACCAGGUCGAUGCCCUGAAGAGACGCGGCAUCGCUGCCGACUGCAUCGACUCGACAAAGUCCUGGGAGGAGCUCCAAGCCAUCAAACAGCAGCUGAGCAGGGGCGAGCUGAGGAUGAUAUACUGCUCACCAGAGAGGCUCAACAACGAACGGUUCGUCGUGAGCAUGAAGCAUGUCCCUGGUGGUGUCCGCCUUGUUGCCGUCGAUGAGGCUCAUUGCAUCUCGGAGUGGGGCCAUUCUUUCAGACCAGAGUAUCUCAAAGGUUGGAUUGAUCCCAUGUCUUCUUCUGCCAUCAUUGUUGCCCGCUUUGUUGAAGAAAUCAACGCAGAACGUGUAGUCUGUCUGACCGCUACCGCAACUGCAAAAGUAGCAGAGGAUGUUUGCAAAGCAUUUGACAUUGAUGAGACAGGCGUCUUCCGGACUUCACCUUAUCGACCGAAUCUUAAUCUCUUUGCCGAGUCUGUGAAAAUCCCAUCACAAAAAUUCCAAAAGCUGUGUGGCUUCUUGCAGAAGAAUCCAGGGCCUACCCUGGUUUAUGUCACCAUUCAAAAGGAGUCUGAGGACCUCGCCUUGAGGCUGCGAGAGCACAAGUUCGAUGCAACAGCCUUUCAUGCGGGCAUGAAGGUGGAGCAGAAGACUAAAGUCCAGGACGACUUCAUGGCAAACCGUGUCCGGAUCGUCAUCGCCACAAUUGCAUUCGGAAUGGGAGUAGACAAAGCUGAUAUCCGUAAUAUCGUCCACUACACCCAAGCAUCCACAGUUGAGGAGUAUAGCCAGCAAAUUGGCCGCGCGGGAAGAGAUGGAAGACAGAGCAACUGCAUGUUCUACCUUUGUAACUCCGAUUCCUACAUCCGCGAGAACUUUGCAAGAGGGGACUUGCCGUCUUACGAGCCGUUCCGAAAGCUGAUAGGAGAUAUUUUCAAUGACGAGGUCACAGCUCUUGGGGUCGGCGCCACGUUCAAAAAGGACAUCAGGGCUCAAAUGAAUGAGUUUGACAUUCGGCAAAGCCCCUUGAGCAUCAUCUACGCCACCCUCGAGCUCCACUACAACUUGAUCCGGGCCAUUACCCCAGAAUACAGCAACUACUCCUUCGAGACAACAGGACCCUACCACAUGUUCAUGGACAGAAUGGCGAAGAGCGACCGCCCAGAAGCCAGGGCCAUCCUCGAAAACUCAGACAAGAAGACCAAACUUACCCAUGUCGAUGUAAACGCGAUAGUGCGGAAGACAGGCUACCUCCGCGCCGACAUCAUCCAAAUCCUCGACCACCUAGACCGCGACAACAUCAUUAAGCUCACAGCAAAAGGCGUGGUCCCCAAGUUCCGCGUGCUACGGAAGCUCCCUUCUAGCGACGCGCAGCUGGACGAGCUUGCGCGCAAGAUGUACGUGGACCUCGAGCAGCGGGAGCGCGAUGCCCUGACGCGUUGCAGGGAGGUGCUGGAGCUCAUCACGGGCGAGCGGUGCUUUGCCGUGGCGCUGGCGGAGCACUUCGGCAUGGGGCUGCCGGACGGAAAGGACGAGUGUGGGCACUGCACGUUCUGCAUCUCAGGCGGGAAGCGUGUCGAGUUGCCACCUCAGGAGACGAAGCCGCUCGACAGGGAGGGCAUCCGCGACGUGCUGGCGUUGUGCCCUGUGCGGGACGACCCGCGGUUCCUGGCGCGUGUCGCGUUUGGCAUCAUGAGUCCGCGUGUGAGGGAGUUGAAGCUGCACCAGACUCCUGUGUGGGAGUCGAUGCAGGACCAGGACUUUGAUGCCAUUCAAGCGCACAUCUUCUGUGGUCGAGGACUCAUCGAAGGCAAGUCGUGGGUCACGCGGAUCAUACGGGAGAGGGAGAGGGUCAUCCGCGAGAGGGCGUGGCUCAUAUGGGCGUGGUCGAGGCUGAUGAACUAG